ACACUCAUUGACUUUUGAGGCCAGGAUAGAGGCAAGAUAACACCCCCAUACCCCUCAUUCGGACUCCAAAGGAUCUCUGGAGAGAAGAGAGCCACACAACCUAAAAGAGCAAGGAGAAAGCAAACUGCCCGCAGGUUUUUCCUCCAGUGCAAGGGUUGCUUGUUUGGUGCAUAACUUGAGCUUCACUCGUCCAAAUAAGACGUAUAAUACACCAAAAGAAAGCUCUCAAGACGGGGAAUCCGUGAAGGUCUGGUUUGAAUCAAUCGUAGUAGUGGAAGGCUUCCAAAUCGUCCGAGAAGAACACGACCUCGCAGAAACGGAUUUACUCUUCUAAGAAACGAGUUCGCCGGAAAACACCCAUUUGAGGGGCUGUUUUCGUAUCGAAGUUUAGGGGUUGAGCUAGCACUUUGAGGAGUCUGUUUAACACUCAUAUUUAAGCAAGGAAUCAGUUCUUAAUCCACCUUGACCGAAGCUUUGACCAUUGGAUCAAGAAGGAAAAGUUUAAAGCUCAAUUAAGGAGGCAGCUAAAGCGACACUCUAUUCUCACAAGCUUCGCAGUAAUGGCUCCCCGAGGAAGACCCAGAAAAAGGUCAACAAGAAUGUACGCAGCGAUUGAUGCGAUGCGGAAUCUGGGUUUCGAUGAGGAAGUCGUUGUCCAAACGGUGAAACAACUUCUCGAUAUCUAUGGUGGAGAAGAUGGUUGGCCAUUUAUUGAGGAGUAUGGUUACAAGGAGCUCAUAGAUGCAAUUCUUCGUGAUUCAGAGACACCUAGAGAAGGAAACUUGGAGAAGAAUGAAUCUUUGCAAAGUGAAGCACCUAAUGCAAGGGCUGAAGAUGUGGCAGGAUCAUCAUCAACCACUGCUCCAGAAAGGGUAUGCUCAGAAGUUGGUGAUUUUGCACCAGAAGGAGAGAACAUCAGCAUUGUCAAAUCACCAUCUUCAAGUACUUGCACUAAUAAUGUGAACGCUGGACAUAUGCCCCCCCUUGUUAGUGAGGAUGAAAUUGGUUUAAAAGAAACUGGGGAGCACCACAGUGACCAAUCAACCUUGAUUCUUAAGGAGGGGUCUAAAGAUAACUCCAUUUCAAGUGACCAAACAACCAUAAACCUCAUGGCCAAGAUAUCUGCUGUCCCGGCCCCACUUGAGCCUCCUUUCAAGAUUCAGGAGAAUCCAGUUUGUGAGAAGAAUCUGCAGCGCGCUGCAACUGCUGAAUGUCUUCUGCCUUCAGGUUCUUUGCAGGCCCCACAUGCUAAAAGCCACAUGCCUACACAUUCUUCGCGGGCCCCGCAUACUAAAAGCCCCAUGACUACGCAUUCUUCGCGGGCCCCGCCUGUUGAAUGUCUUGUGUCAACACCUUUUUCGUGGGUCCCACCUGUUGAAUGCCAUGUGUCUACGUCUUCCUCGCGGGCCCCGCCUGUUGAAUGCCUUGGGUCUGCGUCUUCUUCGCGGGCCCCGCCUGUUGAAUGCCUUGGGUCUGCGUCUUCUUCGCGGGCCUCGCCUGUUGAAGGCCUUGUGUCCGCGUCUUCUUCGCGGGCCCUGCCUGUUGAAUGCCGUGUGUCUGUAUCUUCUUCGCAGGCCUCACCUGGUGAACGCCUUGUGCCUGCAUCUUCUUCUCAGGCCCCGCCUGGUGAACGCCUUUUUUCUGCAUCUUCUUCGAGGGCCCCGCCUGUUGAACCCCUUGUGUCUGCACCUUUGCAGGCCCCACCUGUUCAUCCCCCAAAAGUUUCUCCACAGCCUGUUGCUUCGCAUCCGCCAAGGAGACGCUUCCCAUGUUAUGGUUGGAUCGAUAGUGAUGACGAGGAUGAACCUGAACUCGUGUAUUUGCCACGAGUGGGGCCCGCAGAUUGUCCGACACAGUUUGGCAAGCAUGGAACGAACAAUGUGGGGGUUAAACGCCAAUCAAGGUGGGAUCAAAAACCUGAAAAUGUCUAAUCUCUAAACACAGUUUCUUGACCCUCUUCUAUAAAGCUUUUAACUCUAUGAACACUAACUAAUGUAAAUAAGGUACUACUUCAAGGUUGAAAAGCUUUGAUAGGCUGAUAGCUGUUUACUCAGAUGAUUGUGGGAAGAUGAUAUGCAUAUAUAUUCCUUUAUUAGGACUGCUG